CGGAAGACGAAAAAAAAGAAAAAGACGCCGGAUCUUUCCAUUCGGUGUUUGAAGCGUGCUUCGCCGGGGCUUGUUGGCGGGGAGGGGGUCGCAGGACAGAGGAAGCGUCUCGGUGAGGAGGUGAAGAAGGAGUUAGUGGAAGACCGUUGCUCUGACUGGGGGGUGCGGCCAACCUGGACCUGAUGCUCCUCUGCUCAAACAAGGACUGUCAGAGAGGCUGGGAGGAUUAAACAGGAGGCCGGACGCUGGAAGACUGACAAGAGGGGGCAUCAUUCAAGAGCGUUAUACGAGGAGCACUUUGUCUCGCAGCCUGAAAAAUAACACGGGAGCGAGAGAGAUUGAAGGUGAUCUUCCCAUUUGAAUAUCCACACUUUUGAUGUGCUCUUUUACUGCGCCCUGUGUGUGUGAGAAGAAAUAUUUUUUGAACCAUUAGUCUUCCAAAGACACAUGCAUGGACUGAUCUCUCACUCCCACUAUUGUUAUGUAAUAGAAUUGUGUUUGGCAUCGAGGGCAGCAGCUGGGAUUACUGAGGCUGCUCUUCGUUUUUAAGUGGAGGUGGCGGGGGGUAGGACCACUCGUCCAGUGAGACGACAAGAUGUCGGGUCAGACGCUAACGGACCGAAUCGCCGCGGCGCAGUACAGUUUGACUGGAUCGGAGGUGUCCCGAGCUGUGUGUAAAUCCACCACACACGAACAAACGGCCCCAAAGAAAAAACACCUGGAAUACCUGAUCCAGGCCUCCCAGGACUCCAGUGUGAACGUCCCUCAAAUGGCUGAUACACUAAUAGAGAGGGCGGGCAAUGCCAGUUGGGUGGUGGUUUUCAAGGCUCUGAUUACUACACACCAUCUCAUGGUGCACGGCAACGAGAAAUUUCUGCAGUUCCUUUCAUCGAGGAACUCUUUGUUCAACCUUGCCAACUUCCUGGACAAAACAGGCUCACAUGGCUAUGACAUGUCCACCUUCAUCAGACGCUACAGCCGCUAUCUCAAUGAGAAGUCUUUCUCCUACAGGCAGAUGUCUUUUGAUUUUGUCAGAGUCAAGAAAGGAGCUGAAGGGACAAUGAGAACCAUGACAGUAGAGAAGUUGCUGAAAGGAAUGCCUAUCCUACAGGGUCAAAUUGAUGCACUGCUGGAUUUUGAAGUACACCAACCAGAAUUAAACAAUGGAGUGAUAAAUGCCUGCUUUCUUCUACUGUUCAAAGACCUGAUAAAGUUAUAUGCCUGCUACAAUGAUGGCAUCAUCAAUCUACUAGAGAAAUUUUUCCAGAUGAAGAGAAGUCAGUGUAAAGAUGGACUGGAGAUUUACAAAAGAUUUCUGACUCGCAUGACUCGAGUAUCUGAAUUCUUCAAAAUUGCAGAGCAAGUGGGAAUAGACAAAAAUGACAUACCUGAACUCACUCAGGCUCCAGAAAGUCUCUUGGAAUCUCUGGAGACCCACCUCAACACUUUGGAAGGAAAAAAGCCGUCACCCUCCAAGGACACAAUGGCCAACAACAGCUCAGCAAAGACUGCCCCAUCUUCUGCACCACCCAAGCCAGCGCCACCCGCUGCUGCUGGUGGGCCUCCUGCUCGCCCCGGGCCGCCUGCCAAACCUCCACCACCCUCUGUGACACCCACAGCUGUAGCUCUCACCACUACCACCAACAAUGCCCCUGAUGAUGGCUUCCUGUUGGACCUAGAUCCCAUGUCCUCCUCCUCAGCACCUUCUACUACAACUGGAUGGGGAGACCUUUUGGCCGAUGCCACUCCCGCUGCCAGUAACAGCGCUUCUGAGACUGAUCAAGCAAAGAAAGAGCUUGCUACUGAUGCUGGCACUGCCUCUGCAGUGGCUGCAACGGCAGUGACCGCUGCUACUGCUGCGGCCAUGCCAGCACCCGCUUUCCUGUCUGUCGCAGGUCCCGCUCCCUCAUCAGUUAGAGACAUCGACCUUUUUGGAGAUGCAUUUGCACCUUCCCCAGGAGAUGGUCCUGCCGCUGUGGCUGCGGGUCCUGCCACUGAUGCAUUUGGUGAAUCUGACCCUUUUGCUACGACCGAGGGGAGUGCGGACAUUCCUCCAGGGCUGGACCUGUUUGCUAUGAGAUCCGCUGACAAGGGUGCCACCGCCGUCACCCCUCCCACCUCUAGUGAGGCACCGGCCAUCGCUGCCCCCGUCGUUGUCCCCGCUGCUGUCCCCACCUCUUCUAUCACCACCACCACCACCACUAGCACCACAGACACCACCACCACCACAGAGUCUCCAGCCGCUCCGACUCUAGAUUUCUUUGGUGAUAUGCUUGAUUCUAUGCCUGAGCAAAGUCCCACCACAGAAUCCAAAGCUGCUACCACUCCUAGCGUAGACCUUUUUGGUGCAGACCUCCCUGCUGUUUCACGGGGGCCUUCUCCUUUGCCUGAGCCGGCUCCGUCUGGAGACAUUGUCACUGAUCCUCCUCCUGAACCUGCUCCUGCUCCUGCUCCUGCUAUAGCUCCGUCUUCAGCGCCUGCUCCUGUGGUUGCUCCAACACAAGCUGCUGUUUCUGUUCCUGCCACUGAGGCCUCCUCUCCACCCAAAGCAGAGCCGACCCCAGUCAUUGACCUGCUAGACUCCUUCACUGGCUCUGUGAAGGAGACGGAGAGCUCAGCUCCUGAGGGACCUGGAGGCGACUUGCUGGGAGACCUCAUGUCCCCUACCCUGGCACCCACCGUGGCCCCGGCCUUGGCUCCAGUGCAGAAUGAUCUUCUUGAGUCAGGAUUUGAACCUCUGGGUUCACUUCCUUCUCCGACACCACCUGUGCCAGCUGUGCCAAUGGUACCUGCCACAGUUGAACCGGCAAGAAUCAUACCGGCUCUCUCUGGUGGCUUUGAUGCUUCAAGUGACUUGCUGAUGCCCGCCGUAACGCCACAGAGCACCGGGGGAAGCACAGCAGGAAGUGCAGCAGGGAGCAUGGGAACUCCUGUUACAGUCGAAAGCAUUGCAGCUGCUCCACCUGCAACCCCACCCCCGACCAAAACUAUUGCAGGGGACCUUGACUCGUCAUUGGCCAACCUGGUCGGAGACCUGGGAGUGAAGAAAAAGGACCCACAGAGUGAGAAGAAAUUGACUGGAGGAGCCAACUGGACCCCUCAUGUGGCCCCCACAAGCUGGACCACACCAGGCGUCCCCAUGGCAGGUGUGGCUCCUGGAGGACCUGUAGCAGCGCCCCCUACUGGAUCAAUGGUACCACCAAUGAGUGCACAGCCUGGCUUUGGAAUGGCGGCUGCAGGAGGGCCAGGAGCUCCCAUGAUGCAGCCCAUGAUGGGUCAGCCUAUGAUCGGUCAGUCCAUCAUGAGACCUCCGUUCGCUGGCGUGGUCGGACCUGCACCUGUGGGAGCUGCGGCGGCACCAGGAGCACCGCUUUCUCCUGGACCUGCAAGUCAGAGUCCCAAAAAGCCAAAGGAUCCUCUGGCAGAGCUCGACCUUAAGGACUUCUUAUAACGCAAGUGAAGGCAUGAGAUUUUCCUCGACAGAGUCGGAUGCUCCCAUCGUUUUCCUGAUGUCUGUCAAGAUUUUCAGGAUGCCAAUUCUCUCUGUUUUGUCUGCUCCUCGACGUGAUAAGAGCCUCUCUCCUCCAUCCAUCCAUCCAUCCAUCAAUCCUUCCUGUUUCCUUCUCCUCCUCUGUGAUGUUGUAGCACAAACUGUGAAAGUGAACCAUAGCGGAUUAUAAACAGUAUAUGAAUAUAUGUGAGAAAAGAAUUACAAGUGUGUGCUCAUGUAGACGUUCUAUCCUUUUUCGUCUCAAGCAAAAUCUCACAAAAAAUCCUCAAAAUGUUCUCGAGUGAAAGUGAAGGCAUAUGUGAUUAGAUUUAUUUCUUGUGUUGAAUGAUGGUUGUACUUUGGUGUUCUAUGCUCCACCCAGUCUUGUCCCCUGCCUCCUGACACAGGGGGAGGAGUCCUCCUUCGUUUUGCUCCGAUUUGACGAGAGUGCAUAGUAAAGUAACUGUAGUUUUUUGACAACUAUGUUGUGUCUUGUUUACAGAAAGGUCUGAAAUGUUGUACAUAGACUCCUCUGGUGAAUUUGACGAUUACAUCUCUAUUCUGCCCUUAAUGUGUCUUGAAAAGAAAUAGCAAUGUGAAUCUGAUAGGAAAUGAAAUUGUAAGAAGUCGUGAGUGUCAUUUCGUCAUCAUUUGGAAGAAAAAACAAUAUGAUAAUUUUAUUGUACAUUAUGAAACUAACUGUGUGGGGAUUGGAACAUAAACUGAGGCUUUGUGAAGUUUUUUUGUGGCUUAUUUUUCUAUGUUGCUCUUUUGUGUCAGGCUACUGUUGAUGUUUACCCGUUUUGCAAUGGGAGGACAAAUCUUACUUCCAAAUACAAUUUCCAGUGGAAUAUAUUUAGUUAUUUACCAUGGCAACACAUUUAAAUUGCACCUCAAUGAAACCGUUCCCCUUUUUAUGAUAUGCAUAGUAAAAAAAAAUUAUAAUAAUCAAGAUCAAACUAUUUGUGGAGAUUAAUAAAUUCAAUAGGGGACAAAUAAUAACUUUGCAACAUAUUUAUUUAUUUAUUUAUUUAAUUAUUUUUUUAAAUAGAGAUGGUUUGCAAAUAUGCAAACUCUGGGCAAUCUUGUAUAAUGGAACAAUUUUCACUUAAACCAGUGAUCUGCCUUUGUAUUUUAUAUCCCUGAGACCAAAUCUCUGGAUAUAAACGAGUAUUUUGGAGAGUGCAUAGCAUUUUUUUGAAUGUUUUUCUUUGUCAUCAAGGAUUGGUAGUUCCAUUGUAAUGCCCCUUAGUGGUAAUGUGUGCAGUGCAGAACCCCACAGUAGAUAACAUUUUGAGCCACAACGUUAUCCUUCAUCUUGCAGUCGUUUGUGUGUGUUGACACGGAUUUGGACUUCAUGCUUUUUGCAUUAGAAAUACAGUGAUACGUCCCCUGUCAUUUGAGUUGACUCUUUAAAGCGUGAGGUUGUACAAAAGAGAUGUGAUUCAGAUUGAACAUUUUCAUGCACUGAGUUAUCAGAUUUUUAUUUUUGUUUAAUUUAUUUUGUGUAUGAUGUCCCUCCCGAGUGCAUGUAAGCCAUUUGAGAUGCAAUAAACUAAAUGACGGAUUGAACUGCA